ACCCUCACCACCGUCACCUUGCCCGCUGGCCUCACCUCCAUCGGCCCCAGCGCCUUGGACCUCUGCUCCUCUCUCGCCUCCGUCAACCUCCCCGCUGGCCUCACCUCCAUCUGCAGAGGCGCCUUCUUCGGCUGCUCCUCCCUGACCCGCAUCGCCUUCCCCGCCGGCCUCACCUCCAUCGGUGACUACGCCUUCCUCGGCUGCUCCGCCCUCACCACCGUCACCCUCCCUGCCGGCCUUACCUCCAUCAGCGAGCAAGCCUUCUUCGGCUGCUCCGCACUCGGCUCCGUCACCUUCCCCGCCGGCCUCACCUCCAUCGGCAAAGCCGCCUUCUGCCGCUGCUCCUCCAUCGCCCGCGUCACCCUCCCUGCCGGCCUCACCUUCAUCGGCAGCCUCGCCUUCGCCCUCUGCUCCUCCCUGACCCGCGUCACCGUGCUAGACACGGCCACGAUCGGCGACGAGGCUUUCAAUUCUGAGACCACCGUCCUCCGCCUCUCGCCUGCAAGCAUGCGCGACCUGCAGCGCUGGUACGAGGCGGUGGACGGGGCUCUGGCCAACAAGCGCUGCCGCCCCCUCCUCUACGGCUGGCUAGAGCGGGCCCAGGACCUCCCCCCCCUCCCCUUUCGCCCGCAAGGUUUGGUUCCGCGAGCUGCCCGAGUCCGGUCGCUGUGUCAGAGCAGGAGAACCCCCUGUGCCCCUGAUCGUCCUUCCAAAAUCCUGCUCGUGCAGGUGGGGACCCCCGGUCCUCCUCCAAGCCCCACCCGACCGGCGGGCAGGCGUGGGGCGCGUCGCCCCGCUUGCUCUAGGUAG